GUUGAGCACAGAUUUUUCUCGCUGUGUGCAGGAAAGCAUCUUUUUAGGUCUAUCUGUCGUACCCAGAAUGCACAGCCGGGUAGCAUUUCAGUGACACAGGUAACAUGGCGUUUGGUACCUUAGGCUGAGAUUUUCAAAGGGAGGAAGCAGGCGCUGGGUGCACUUUGCUCCGGGAUUCCUUUUGAUUUGGAAAGCCGAUGUUUUGUUGGAGCUGACUGUCCUCCCUUACAACCCUUUCCAGCCGCUGAGCAUUGGGGAAGGAGGCUGCUCCGGACGGUGGCACAGGCACAGACUCGCCCCACAGGAGAAUGGCAGCAUCCGAGCUCUUCACUAAGUUUGCCAGGGUGUGGAUCCCUGAUACAGAGGAUGUCUGGAAAUCGGCUGAGCUUCUCAAAGACUACAAGCCAGGAGACACAGUGCUUCAUCUGAAAUUCGAGGAUGAGCAGGAAACUCGAUAUAACAUUGAUCCUCAAACUAAGGAACUUCCACCACUGCGGAACCCUGACAUCCUUGUGGGUGAAAAUGACCUCACGGCUCUCAGUUAUCUCCAUGAGCCAGCAGUGCUGCAUAACCUUAAAGUACGCUUCAUGGAUUCGAAGCUCAUCUAUACUUACUGUGGUAUUGUUUUGGUAGCCAUCAACCCUUAUGAACAGUUACCUAUCUAUGGAGAAGACAUCAUCAAUGCCUACAGUGGGCAGAACAUGGGAGACAUGGACCCUCACAUCUUUGCUGUGGCUGAAGAAGCAUACAAGCAAAUGGCCAGAGAUGAACGGAAUCAAUCAAUCAUUGUUAGCGGAGAGUCUGGAGCAGGGAAGACUGUCUCGGCUAAGUAUGCCAUGCGAUACUUUGCAACAGUCAGUGGCUCUGCGAGUGAGGCUAACGUGGAAGAGAAGGUCCUGGCUUCGAACCCCAUCAUGGAGUCAAUUGGAAAUGCAAAGACGACCAGGAAUGAUAACAGUAGUCGAUUUGGGAAGUACAUUGAAAUUGGGUUUGACAAAAGGUAUCGCAUCGUUGGAGCUAACAUGAGAACUUACCUGUUGGAAAAGUCGAGAGUUGUAUUUCAGGCUGAGGAUGAAAGAAAUUAUCAUAUUCUGUACCAGCUGUGUGCCUCUAAACAUUUACCAGAAUUCAGAACUCUCAGGCUGAGCAGUGCUCAAAACUUCCACUACACAAAUUUGGGAGGCAGCCCUGUGAUUGAGGGAAUAGAUGAUGCCAAAGAAAUGAUGAAUACCAGACAGGCUUGCUCUUUACUAGGUAUAAGUGAAUCCUAUCAAAUGGGUAUCUUCCACGUUCUUGCAGCAAUUCUUCACUUAGGAAACGUGGCAGUUAAGUCGAACGAGCGUGAUGCUGACAACUGCUUUAUCCCUCCAAACACUGAACACCUAAUCAUCUUCUGUGAUCUGCUGGGCGUGGACUAUGAGCAGAUGUCUCACUGGCUGUGUCACAGAAAGAUUGUCACCGGCUCAGAGACCUAUAUCAAGCCCAUGCCCAAAUUUCAGGCCAUCAAUGCCAGGGAUGCACUGGCAAAACACAUCUAUGCCAGCCUUUUCAACUGGAUUGUACUGCAUGUCAACCAAGCUUUACGUGCUUCAGUAAAACAGCAUUCCUUCAUCGGAGUGCUGGAUAUAUAUGGGUUUGAGACCUUUGAAAUAAACAGUUUUGAACAAUUCUGCAUUAAUUAUGCCAAUGAAAAAUUACAGCAGCAGUUUAAUAUGCAUGUUUUCAAACUAGAGCAGGAAGAGUAUAUGAAGGAGCAGAUUCCAUGGACGCUAAUAGAUUUUUAUGACAAUCAGCCUUGCAUCAACCUAAUUGAAGCUAAACUAGGCAUCCUGGAUCUAUUAGAUGAAGAGUGCAAGAUGCCCAAAGGAUCUGAUGACACAUGGGCUCAGAAGCUUUACAACACUCACUUAAACAAGAGUUCGCUGUUUCAUAAACCACGCUUGUCAAAUAAGGCGUUCAUCAUCCAGCACUUUGCUGACAAGGUUGAGUACCAGUGUGAGGGUUUCUUGGAAAAGAACAAGGAUACAGUGUAUGAGGAACAGAUCACAGUGCUGAAGGCAAGCAAGUUGAGUUUGCUUGCGGAGCUCUUCCAAGAUGAGAAGCCAGCUACCAGCCCUACUGAAGGACGUCCCCCUGUUACCAGGGCAACUGUGAAAUCUGCCAAGCCUCGAUCACUGCAGGCCAGCAAAGAGCACAAGAAAUCAGUGGGACAUCAGUUUCGUAACUCCCUUCAUCUGCUGAUGGAGACCCUUAACGCUACAACUCCUCACUACGUGCGAUGCAUUAAACCCAAUGAUUACAAACUUGCUUUCACGUUCGAUCCAAAACGAGCUGUACAGCAGCUUCGAGCUUGUGGUGUGCUUGAAACCAUUAGGAUAAGUGCUGCUGGCUUCCCAUCAAGAUGGACGUAUCAAGAAUUCUUUAACCGCUAUCGUGUCCUGAUGAAGCAGAAAGAUGUCCUCAGUGACAAAAAGCUGACGUGCAGAAAUGUCCUGGAAAAGUUAAUCAAGGACAAAGACAAGUACCAGUUUGGGAAAACAAAGAUUUUCUUCCGUGCUGGGCAAGUGGCUUACUUGGAAAAGCUGCGAGCAGACAAGCUCAGAGCCGCUUGUAUCAGAAUCCAGAAGACUAUUCGGAGCUGGCUGCAGCGGAAGAAGUAUCUCCGCAUGCGAAAUGCUGCGAUUACAAUUCAGCGAUACGUGCGGGGCUAUCAAGCCAGAUGCUAUGCUCAGUUCCUCCGCAGGACCAGAGCGGCAAUUAUCAUCCAGAAAUACCAGCGAAUGUGUGCUGCUCGUCAAAAUUUCCAACGGAUCCGGUCAGCGACCAUUGUUAUCCAAUCAUUCGUGAGAGGCUUUCAUGGAAGGCGACGGUACCGAGCAGUCCUCCGGGAACAGAAAGCGAUCAUCCUUCAGAAGCACGCACGUGGCUUGUUGGCGAAACGCAGGUACAAGAGGAUCCAGCACGCCGUCGUCUACCUGCAAUGUUGCUAUCGCCGCAUGAUGGCAAAGCGUGAGCUUAAGAAACUGAAGAUUGAAGCAAGAUCUGUAGAGCACUACAAGACCUUGAACAUCGGUAUGGAGAACAAGAUUGUGCAACUGCAAUGCAAAGUCAAUGACCAGACAAAAGAGAUGAAGUUGCUGCUGGAGAAAUUGAACAAUCUAGAGGCCACUUACACUACUGACACGGAGAGGUUGCGGACGGAGGUGGACCGACUGCGUGCAAACGAAGAAAAUGCCAAAGUGUCGUCAAACAAGAUUACCAGCCUGUUGGAGGAGAUCGCCAUUCUCCGCAAGGAACUCAAGGAAACUCAGGCUCAGAAAAAACGCCUCGAGGAAGGAGCAGAGAAAUACAAAGAGGAAACCGAGCUGAUGGUGUCCCAGCUUAAGGAGCAGAACACUUUGCUGAAGAAUGAGAAAGAGGAUCUGAAUCGUCAGAUUCGGGAACAAGCCAAAGAGAUAACAGAAUCAAUGGAGAAGAGAAUGGAGGAAGAGACCAAACAGCUUCAGGUAGACCUCAAUGAUGAGAGGUCCAGGUACCAGUCUCUCCUUAAUGAGUUCUGCCGAUUGGAGGAACGUUACGAUAACCUAAAGGAAGAAAUAUCUUUGGUUAAUGUGUCGAAGCCUGGUCACAGAAGGACAGAUUCUACACACAGUAGUAAUGAGUCGGAGUACACCUACAAUUCCCUGCUUUCCUCUGAGCCGGGAGAACCUGAGGAUGGGACACGAAGACCGGAGGAGCUUCCAGAACAGAGCGGUGCUCUGGAUAUGUCCCUGUUCCUGAAACUGCAGAAGCGUGUGACUGAACUGGAACAGGAGAAACAGGGCUUACAGGAAGAACUGGAUCGAAAGGAGGAUCAAGCAUUAAGAAGUAAAGCAAAGGAAGCAGAAGAUCAGCAAGUUAAAGCCAGGGGAGCCGAACUGGAGUACGAAUCUCUGAAGAGGCAAGAACUAGAGUCUGAGAAUAAGAAGCUAAAGAAUGAACUCAAUGAACUGCACAGAGCCCUGAAUGAGAAGGCCUCCCCACAUGUUACAGCCCCUGGGUCUCCUGCGUACAGAGUCCUACUUGACCAGUUGACUGCAUCGAGUGAAGAGUUGGAGGUCCGUAAAGAGGAAGUUCUCAUUUUGCGGUCCCAACUGGUCAGUCAAAAGGAAGCUAUGGCACAUAAGGAGACAAUGACAGACCCGAUGGUCCUCUUGGAGGAUGUACGCAAGAUGAAGGAUGAAGGUGAAAUAACCCAAGCAUACUUGGGACUCAAGGAAACCAACAGAUUGCUGGAGUCUCAGCUUCAGGGCCAGAAAAAGAACUAUGAGAAUGAGCUGGAGAUCUUACGCGGAGAGGUUCAGAAUCUCAAAGAGGAGAUCAAUCGUCAGCAGCAGUUAUUGGCCCAGAAUUUGCAACUGCCACCAGAGGCCCGCAUUGAGGCCAGUCUGCAGCAUGAGAUUACUAGGUUAACCAAUGAAAACCUUGAUCUUAUGGAACAACUUGAAAAACAGGACAAGAUUAUCAGGAAGUUGAAGAAGCAGCUUAAAGUAUUUGCAAAGAAAAUUGGAGAACUGGAAGUGGGUCAGACAGAGAACGUAUCUCCAGCUCAGCUAGCAGACGAACCCAUCCGUCCUGUGAAUAUCCCAAGGAAAGAAAAGGAUUUCCAGGGAAUGUUGGAGUAUAAGAAGGAUGAUGAGUUUAAGCUCAUCAAGAAUCUUAUAUUAGAAUUAAAGCCUCGUGGUGUAGCGGUCAACCUGAUCCCUGGAUUACCAGCAUACAUCCUGUUUAUGUGUGUACGUCAUGCUGAUUAUAUUAAUGAUGACCAGAGAGUCCGGUCCCUGCUGACAUCAACUAUUAAUGGCAUCAAGAAAAUCUUGAAGAAAAGAAGCGAUGACUUUGAAAUUGUGUCAUUCUGGUUGUCCAACACUUGUCGCUUUUUGCAUUGUCUUAAGCAAUACAGUGGAGAAGAGGCAUUUAUGAAGCACAACACUCCUCGACAGAAUGAUCAUUGCUUGAGAAAUUUUGACCUUGCUGAGUACAGGCAGGUUAUAAGUGACCUAGCAAUUCAGAUUUACCAACAGCUGACAAAGGUCAUGGAAAACAUCUUGCAGCCAAUGAUCGUUUCAGGUAUGUUGGAACAUGAGACUAUUCAGGGGGUAUCUGGCCUAAAGCCCACGGGACUACGGAAGAGGACUUCCAGUGUUGCAGAUGAAGGUACCUACACUCUAGAUUCCAUUGUCCGGCAGCUGAACAAUUUCCAUUCCACAAUGUGUCAGCAUGGCAUGGAUCCAGAGCUCAUCAAACAGAUCAUCAGGCAGAUGUUCUAUAUCAUUGGUUCUGUCACCCUCAACAACUUGCUUCUUCGCAAGGACAUGUGUUCAUGGAGCAAAGGAAUGCAGAUCAGAUACAAUGUGAGCCAACUUGAGGAGUGGCUGCGGGACAAGAAUCUGCAGACCAGUGGGGCAAAAGAAACUCUAGAGCCUUUAAUUCAGGCUGCACAGCUACUGCAGGUGAAAAAGAAGACAGAUGAGGAUGCAGAAGCCAUUUGCUCCAUGUGCAAUAAUCUUACCACUGCUCAGAUUGUGAAAGUCCUAAAUUUAUACACUCCUGUUAAUGAGUUUGAAGAGCGUGUAACUGCCUCAUUCAUACGCACAAUUCAGGUUCGUUUACAAAAUCGAAAAGACUCCCCUCAGCUGCUAAUGGAUGCAAAAUUCAUAUUUCCAGUCACAUUUCCAUUCAACCCAUCUUCUUUAGCACUGGAAAGCAUUCAGAUUCCAAGCAGCAUGAACCUUGGAUUCCUGUUGCGUGUCUGAGGAACACUGAAGAUAUCAAUUCUACAUUGGUCAGAGAAUUGUCAUCCCCAUUCACUACAUACUGCUAGAGCAACGUUAAAAUAUUUGCAUUAUAAAGGAAUGUGUGCUGAAGUUGAAGAAAGCCAGACACAUUCAUGCAGCACCUGGUGAUGACUGCUGUGCUGUAGUUUUGAUGAAUAUACUUUGAGUUUAAUAACUGUAAAUUGAGGUUGUGUCAUACUUUAAUUAUUAGGAGUUGGAAUAAAGGGGAAGUACAAUUGCCAUAUAUAGUACCGUUUGUCUAAUAGCUAUUAUUUAAGUCAAUAUAUAGAAGAUGUAGAAUACAAAGGUCUGUUUAAAUGUAAUCUAGAGAUUAUGUUGUUAGUUUUGGUGUUUUGCUUAGCACAUUUAUUACAGUUACCGUGUUUAGUGUCCUCUGACUAUGCUGAACUAUACAUUUAGCACUGCACCCAUUUAGUGUUGGGUUGUAGUUCACUAAAAAUAUUUCAUGUCAACUUUACACCUUUUUCACAGUCAUUUUAAACUUAAUUUAUGCCAGUAAUAAUCACUAUUUUAGGUUCCAAAUUUCACUUAAAGCACAAAAACACACAGAAGGGCAAAAUAUAAAAUUCUCCAAAAAUCAUGAAGGCAUUUGACACAGGAAAACAAAUUAUAGUUUGAACAAUACUGUUUUUUUCAGUAUUUGAAUUCAUAGCUUCUUCCCCUUUUAAAUGCGCCUUAUUGGAAUUUCUUCCGAAUUUGCAAUACAGGAAUUGCUCAAUUAUUUCAUUUGUUUGUAACUGUGUAUGUUAAGAUUGAAGAGGACAACCGUAGAAGUAGAAUUAGAAAUAUUCCCCCCCCCUCCACCCUGAGUAUUUGCAAUACAGUGUUUAGUGACCACGGGGGUCAGACAUCAUGCAGGAUGCUGUGACUAUGGUGCAGGCAUCACCCUAAGAGGGCAGCUUCAACCUCAAACCACACCACCCUCCAAAUUCUCAAUGUUGCAGGUCUGUUGUGGUUUCAGUUCUGAAAACUUUUAACCUGAUAUUCCCAAUUUAAGGAUAACUGGUGCUGUGACUGGAAAUUGAACCAAUAUUGAGUUCAUAAUCACUUUACAGUGGCCAAAAAAAUCCUUAUUGCACCCUUCAUUGUUUACAGAUUUUAAGUUUUUUUAAAUAUAUUGAUCAAGCAUCCAAAUUCAGAAACCUGAUUUUCCAAGCAAUGGUUUACAUUAUCCAAAUGGUGUAAUAUGUGUGCCUAUUUAUAAUGCUACUGGAUAUCUCAUAUUUAAUAGAAAGCAAAAGUCUUUCUAGAUGCUGUGGAUUAAAGGGUAAUAAGCUCCUCUAGAGUUAUGGAGUUGUUUAAACGUUCCACAAUUAUCUCACAAAUCAAUGUUGGUCAAUACUUUGAUAGAAACAUUACUGAAUCUGUGAUCAUUAUCUAUCUUUUGUUUUUGCAUUUUUGUACAUUUCAAUCUGGUAAUGUCUUAAAAUAUAAAAUGCCCCAGACAUGUCUCUUGCAAGUUCUCUUUUGCAAGUAUUUGUUUAAUUCAACACAUUACAGAAUGAAUCGAAGCAUCACAUUUGGCUAACCCGAAAAUAAUAAUAACCUUUGCUUAUUCACAAACAUGUGGUUGUGAAGAGGACAAAUUCGGAGACAGAGAAAUAAAGAUCCUUAAAGAAAGAUUUCCUGGGAAAUCAAUUCGAUCCAAAAAGUAGUUGUCAGUCCACAAUACUGUAACUAUUCAACAACAGUAUUUGUUUCUUUGCUUUCAAAAUAAUAUAAAAGCCAGGGUACAAAGUAGAAGUUGUGCUAUGAAUCUUAGCGCAUGUAGAACAAUGUAAAGAUUGCAUUGUUCUUUAAUGAUGUUGAGAAAGUAUGAAGGCAAUCUUCCUUUGAAAUAUUGGUUGUGCACUUUAGUUAAAUCCUAUGCGUAUAUAUAGUUUUCUGUUUCCUGCUUAUAUUGUAUUUUACUUUUUUGUAUCAUAAACUGUUAUGAAACAUAAGUACAUUACUAGUGGUUAGUGUUAAGGAACUGGAGAUAUUUAAAAUAUCAACAACAGCAGCUAGCUAAAACCAAUUGCUGUUGCACUACCUAGAUCACUAAUGUUGACCAUGGAUGCUUGCUUCUGUACUUAACCAGCUCGCAAACAAUGAGUAUGAUAUUGAUGUACAGAAAAGUUAUGAAAGCCCUGUAGCAUUUCCUGUUUGUUGCAAUUGGUAAGUGUGUGCAUCAUGGCAAAUGUAUAUUGAACUAGGUACUAAGGUAAUGUCCAACUUGUAAAAACAAAUAAAAAU